CCCAGUGCCCAUUUCCACCGAUGCCGUGCCCGUGCUCGUCCAGCUCGUCCUCGUCGCAAUUAAUUAACCUUGGCGUAAUCCACGGUACCGGGUACGUAGUCAGCCGCCAGUCGAGAAGGGAAUAUUAGAAUAUCGAUAGCUCGACACGCGGAAACUAUCGUUACUCUCGCGCGUUCACGAUUAAAUCCCACCUCGUAGCGUAGAGCGUCACGCGACGCCAAAGCGGAGCAUCGUUUUGACAGGUGACGCCACAAUUCGCUCCGUGCAGAAUUAAUUAAUUAAUAAACGGCCGCCCGCCCCUGUUUUCGGCGUGCUUUUGUUUUCGGCGGAUUAAACGGGAAAAUAGUUUGCGUCAAUUCGUUUAGAAUCUGAUCGUUCGCCGAGAGUCUCUUUGUCAGUUUGACAUUUGAAUAGGUUAGGUGAUGUUUAGAUAACAGUAGCUUGUGAAGUCAUGCGAUGUUUAUUUGCGGGAAAUGCAAAUCUGUUUACAACGUUUUUUUUUAACGACACAUCGAAAAAAUGGCCGUCAAUUAUUCCAGUAGUUUACUGAAAAACGUCCACGAAAAUUUAGUCUUACCAGAUAAUGGCGAAACAUUCUUGGUUCAAGGAGAUUACGAGUACUGGCAUUACGGUUGUGACGGUUUUAACGACAGGGGUUGGGGAUGCGGUUACAGGACGCUGCAAACCAUUUGUUCAUGGAUCAUAGAUAAUGAGAGCUUAGGAAAGAUCGUUCCGAGCAUUAAUAAAAUACAAGAGACCCUUGUCGAGGUGGAGGAUAAAGACAGAACGUUUGUUGGGUCGAGAGAAUGGAUAGGAAGUUUCGAAGUGUCCGUUGUUUUAAAUCAACUUUACGAAGCUCUUAGCAAAAUAAUUCACGUCCCGAGCGGAAAGAGUUUGAUCGAUCAGGUGGAUAAGAUUAAACGACACUUCGAGCAAUUUGGCAGUCCGAUUAUGAUGGGCGGAGACAGGGACUGUUCCAGCAAAUGCAUAGUAGGAUUACACGUUGGAGACGGAGGUGUGUAUCUGUUAGUCGUCGAUCCGCACUUCGUCGGAAAAGCAAAAAGUGCCGAGCAUUUAAAAAAAGAUGGAUGGGUAAAGUGGCAGAAGUUGGACGACUUCGUCGACAGCUCGUUUUACAAUCUGUGCUUACCGCAGCUCAAGUAUCGUGGACUGGUCGAUAAAUAACAUUAAAUAUAUUUAUACAAAAUAAAUGUAAUCAUUUCCGUUGGAAAUUGUAAUUUUGUAAUAACGCCG